AUGCUACGUCCCCUCGUUCUUUCCCUUGGCAAUGCGGCACUUUUGGUGUCAGCGUCAGCCUACCCUAAGAACGUCUCACACUGUCCAGGCUAUACCCUCACCUCUCUCACCGAGCUCCAACAUGGUCUCUCUGCACAGUUACAGCUUGCCGGCCCAGCAUGCAAUGCAUUCGGGUCGGACAUUGCCAAUCUCACACUCGAGGUAAUAUACCAGUCCCAAUCUACCAUCCGUGUUGCAACAUUCGACACCGCCGAAGACCAGUUCAGGAUCCCUACUUCAAUUAUUCCGCCUCCUCCCCUUCCAACGAAGUCCCUCAUCAACGAUUCUGAUCUUGUAUUCAACUACGACCCUUCUCCCUUCGCGUUCUGGAUUACUCGCCGCUCGGACCCCGACGCGAUGCCCAUCUUCGAUACCCGUAUUUCAUCGUUACCGGCCACUCCUAUUCCUCCAUUCAACGCUUCCGAUCCGAGCACUGCAUUCGAUGGGUUCCCGCUCGUGUUCGAAGACCAAUAUCUCCAGAUUACUUCGGCCCUUCUUCUCGGCACCAACAUCUAUGGGUUAGGUGAAGUCAUUGCAAGUAGUGGUUUCCGUCGUGAUAUCGGCACGGGGGGUGGUUCGGGCACGAUUCAGACUCAUUGGAAUCGUGAUGAUGCCAAUCCCAUUGACCAGAACAUGUAUGGUUCACACCCUAUUUAUCUGGAACAUCGGUACAAUGAGACCACGGGCAAAGCCACUUCGUCUGGCGUCGUUCUCGUCAGUGCAUCAGGUUCUGAUAUCCUGCUCCAAACACCCCCCGGCUCCCCAGUAUCCCUGAUCCAAUACCGCAUGCUUGGUGGAACCUUCGACUUCUACUUUUUCAGCGGCCCAAAUGAUAUAGAUGUCAUCGCACAGUAUGCAGCCAUAAGUGGCUAUCCGUUUAUGCCUCCAGCUUGGGGUUUUGGAUUCCAUUUGUGUCGGUGGGGAUAUCAUAAUGUCAGCGAUGACGUUGCGAAUGUAGAAGCAAUGCGAAGAGCGGAUAUUCCCCUUGAAGGUAUUUUGUUUCGUUCUAUCCUAGGCGUUCCUGCUGUUCAUACUGGCCUCACUUCGACUCCCACGUUUCAUUUCCAAUGGAAUGACAUCGACCUUUACCACGUCUUUCGGGACUUCACAACUGACCCUAUCAGUUUCCCAACAGACGAAAUCAGGUCAUUCAUUGAGAAUUUGACAGCGAACCACCAACACUUUAUUCCGAUUGUGGAUGCAGGUAUCGCUGUGACGGUGAAUAAUACAGACAUGUACGACCCAUUCACGAGAGGUUCGGAAAUGGGUGUGUUUAUGAAGAACCCAGACGGAUCUUUAUAUAUCGGACAGGUGUGGCCUGGGUACACCGCGUUCCCGGACUGGUUCUCGGACAACGCAGUGGAGUGGUGGACAGAAGCGUUGAUGAACUGGAGCACGAAUGGGGGUGUUGAAUUUAGUGGAAUAUGGCUCGACAUGAAUGAGGCAACCUCAGCUUUGUGGAUAUUCGUGGUACGUCUUCUCGGUACAGGUGCAAAUCUUUCAGCACUUGCUCCGUUGAGUGUCGCCAAUGUCACGGUGGUUGGGUAUCCCGAAUGUUAUAAUGAGACGGUUUCGGGCCCGAGCGGGAAUAUGACUAUCAAUGGGACGUCGACAUAUUCGUGUUCGAAUGCAAGUGGGAGUGGGACAGGUGUGGCGGUAAGGACUAAUGCUAGAACGAGGGGUGUUGGCACUGGCAUUGGUGCAGGUGAGGAAACAGGUAUAAAUGUGACCUAUCCACCCUACGCGAUACACAACGGUUUCGGUGCUCUCUCGGCGCACGUCGUUGCCACGAACGCAACGCACACAGGUGGCUAUCUCGAACUGGACGUACACAAUUUAUUUGGAAUGAUGGAAGCUCGUGCAACGUAUUUGGCAUUGCAGAAGGUCAGGCCGGGACAGAGACCCUUUAUCAUCGGAAGAUCGACGUUUGUGAGCCAAGGAAGGUGGGCAGGGCAUUGGUCUCGUAUCCUCGGGGACAAUUACAGCAAGUGGGAGUACAUGUAUUUGAAUAUCCAGGGUGUACUCCAGUUCCAGAUAUACCAAGUGCCUAUGGUGGGUGCUGAUACAUGUGGAUUUAAUGGAAACGCGGACGAAGAGUUAUGUAAUCGAUGGAUGCAACUCUCUGCCUUCAUGCCGUUUUACAGGAAUCAUAAUACGUAUGCAGCUUUGCCUCAGGAGCCAUAUCGGUGGGAUAGCGUCGCGAAUGCGUCAAAGAUAGCUAUACGGGCACGAUACUCGUUACUGCCCUAUUGGUACACCCUUUUUGCGAACGCAUCUACAGCUGGUUUACCGCCAAUCCGAGCUUUAUUCUAUGAGUUCCCAGAUGAACCCGAACUUUUCACUGUUGAUCGGCAGUGGCUCGUUGGGAAGGAUAUCCUCGUGACCCCUGUUCUCGAGCCCGGGCAGACGACUGUCCAAGGUAUAUUACCUGGUCGUGGAGAUGUCAUAUGGCGAGACUGGUGGACGCAUGUACCCGUUUCGGUUUCGCCAACCAACACAUCAAAUCAAUCAGCGACGGUAACUCUCCAAGCUCCCAUCAGCCAUAUCAAUGUCCACAUCCGCGGAGGAUCUAUUUUGCUCUUGUACGAUCAACCGGGGUAUACGAUCUACGAAACGAUGAAUGGACCGUAUGCAUUACUCGCGUCGCUCGAUGGAGAUGGACAAGCUUGGGGUGAUGCGUUCGUGGAUGCGGGAGAUGGAGAAUUUGACGCCAUGGGUGGCACUGGCAGCAGUUCAAACAGCACCCUGGCAAGAAGAUUGACCUUCGAAGCGUGCGGGGGGUCACUGAGGGUCAAAACACAAUGGGGGGCAUAUAACAUCGAACAGAAAUUGGGGACGAUCACCAUCCUCGGAGUUGGGAAGGAACCGGACAGCGUAGUUGUGCAGGGAGAGGUAGUGAAUGGGUGGGUGUACAAUGGGGGGAUCGGGGAGCUGGUCGUGACGGGUGGAGUAGUGGAUUUGAAUGGGGAUGUCAAGGUUUCGUGGGCGUAG